AUGGGCUCUCUUGCGCCGGUGGCUCCUCGCAUCCCGCCGCCCGGCGUUUAUGUCCCUAUGCUCGCAUUCUUCACCCCUGACACCACAAAGAUCGACGUCACCACCACUCAGAGACAUGCCAUCCGGUUGGCCAACGCCGGUGUCGCAGGACUAGUUGUCCACGGCUCCAACGGUGAGGCCGCCCACCUGACUCACCCCGAGCGCACCACGAUCAUCAAGGCCGUGGUGGAAGCCGUGCAGAAGGAAUGCGACCGGCCCCUGCCCGUCAUCGCAGGUUGCGGCGCCCAGAGCGUGCUCGAGACCGUCGAGCUCUGCCGCGCCGCAGCCCAAGCCGGCGCAACACAGGCCUUGGUCCUGCCGCCGGGCUACUACGCCGGGCUCCUCGGACCGGAGAGCCACAUCCAGUUCUUCCACGAGGUGGCGGACGCGAGUCCCAUCCCUAUUCUCAUAUAUAACUUCCCUGCCGCUGCCAAUGGUGUGGAUCUCAACAGUGACACGCUCCUGACCAUUGCCAAGCACCCCAACGUCGUCGGUGUGAAGCUGACGUGCGGCAACACGGGCAAGCUCGCCCGCGUGGUGGCCGAGACGGCAAAGUUCAGACAGGACGACUUCCGCGUCUUUGGCGGCUCGGCGGACUUCAUCCUGCAGGGCGCGGUGGUUGGCGCCGACGGCACCAUCUCCGGCCUAGCGAACCUGUCGCCCGUUGCGUGCUGCAGGAUCAUCGAGCUCUUUGAGGCGGGCAAGCUAGCAGAGGCGAGAGCACUGCAAGCGGAAGUGGCUGCCGCGGACUGGCUGAUGAUCAGGUACGGAUUCCCUGGUGUCAAGGCGGCUAUGCCAAUGUUCUACGGCAAGGGAGAGGAGACAGCCUGCACGAUGAGGAAGCCAACGAGGCCAGUGUCUGAGAAGGCGAUGCAAGAGAUUCGGGCUGGAGUGGAGGCCGUGAUUGCGAUCGAGUCGAGAUUCCUGAAGGAGAGGAAGUAA